UUUAUGCUUCCAUUUCUGCGAUUCUCUCCAGUUCUCUCCACCGAUUCCACAAACCAUGCAAGCCCUUAAACGCAUAGCAACAAGGACCGAGCUCCCCCGACUUUCGUCCACAAUCGCCAAAACCCAAUUCAUUUCAGCCGCCAAUCUCCGAACCUUCUCGUCCAACUCAAAGAAAGGCGGCGGCGACGACGACUGGAACGACGCGUGGGAGACGGCGUGGAUCCCACCCGACCUCUCGGGAAACAACAGCAGAGCUCCAUGGGAGACCGACGUCAAUUUUUCGUCUCCCGAGUCGAGCAUCGUGCUUCCGUCGGACGCCGACCCCGAGACGAUGGCGUUCGUGGAGGACAUGAACGAGAAUUGGAACGAGAGGCGGAAACCCAAAGAGGAAAGGAAGCAGAAUCAGCAGAGUGAGAGUGGGUCGUCGCUUUAUAGCUUGGAGAGCUUGAAGAAGGACUAUCGGGUGAAGAAACAGAGGAUUCACGCUGGGCUUUGGAUGAAGGAGAUUGAGAAGCAGGAGGAGGCUAAAUUGGCCAACUCGAAUUCGAUUGGCGGUGGCGACGACAUCGAGCGAUUGCUCGAUAGUUGCUCUGACAUUUUUGACUCCCCUAACAACGAUUUGGAGAACUCUAAAGCACCAAGUGCUUCUGACUACAAAAACAAACCUGAUGGUUGGGAAACUACAUCUAAGGCCCAGGAGGGAAAUAUAUGGGAGAUGACGCAGAGAGAAGAAGAUAUUCUUCUUCAAGAGUUUGAGCGUCGGAUUGCAUACAAUAAAUUUCAGAUUGCUAGCUUUAUCAAGACUCACAUAUUUAGCCGGAGGAGACCAAUUGAUGGGUGGAAAUACAUGAUAGAGGAGUUAGGGCCGAAUGCGAGGAAAGGGAGGGGUUCUGUUUCAAGGCUACCAAGUCUAUCCGAUGCAUCGACCCAACCCUUCAAGGAGGAGAAGACUCCAAUGAGCAGCAGCAGUCUUUCCCCGUAUAAGGAAAGGUAGUUUGGUCUUGGGCUACUUUCAUACAUCCCGUUUCUGCCUACGGGAGAUAUCAGCACCGAAUGUAUUCAUAGUUACCGUAUCACUUAUUGCAAGUUGUGAUAUCGGGUUUUCUCAAUGUAUGACGGUACCAUCCUUUAGGCAACUGAAAGUGCAAUUAGUGCAAGUGAAUAUAUGUAUAUCCUUCAAAGUUGCAGUUACAA